CUUAAGAUGUUGACCGUUUGACUUUUCUUUUUUUCUCUUCUCAAUUUGAAAUUUUGGUAAAGAUUCGAAUUAACUAAGGCUCCAGCAACCAGAACAGAGGGGAACAGCAGUGAUGCAGUUAUCGAGUUGAUGAUAAGAAUAUUCAACAGGAUUCGAUGUUUCGAGCCAAAUAAUAAGAAUGUGGUGAAAAUAAUGAGUUGUAUUCUUCUGAACGAGGAUGAUAUACUGGAGUUAGCCUUCACAUGUGAUUCAAAUUUAAUAUCGCGAAUAAACGCCGCCAAAUUCAUGCUCGGAAUGCCAUCUACAAUAAAUCCUCAGCUCGUCGAUCCUUUCGAACCUCCUUAUUCCUUUUACAAUCAAGAAUCGAAUAGCGGAAAGCGAUCGUGGCCGCCGAGAAGGAUUUGCCACUAUUUCAUGAAGGGUUAUUGCAAGUUUGGCGAGAACUGUAGGUUCGAACAUCCGAAAAGCUAUGCUGCGAGCGAUGAGCACCGAUCGACGACAACGCUCGAAGAGCUAGAAACGGAGAUUGUGGAACUCCUGAGGUCGGGAAGAGGCCGUCCUGUUUCUAUCGCCUUGUUGCCUACGCUGUACUCCGCGAAGUACGGUAAGGCUCUCCACGCCGAUGGCUACCUCACGGAGAGCCAGCGGCGUGGAGAAGUAGGUUGCAGCUUGACAAAGUUGCUUUCGCGCAUGAGGAAUAGUAUUCAUGUCGUACAUAGUAGGCCGCACGGGCAACAUUUGAUCGUGCUAGCGGAGGAUGCGGCAAAGUACGCAAAAUGCAGGAGGAAUGAGAGAAACGAAACGAGCGCAGCAACAACGACAUGUUCUUCUGAUCAAAUAUAUCUCACCUUUUCAGCAGAAAGCAAGUUCACCAUCGAAGAUGUCGCCGAUUACUUCAGGCAGUUCGGUCCUGUUCGCGAAGUGAGGAUUCCUUGCCAAGACAAGCGUAUGUUCGGUUUCGUGAGCUUCUAUGAUGCGGAUACGGUGGAUGAAAUUCUCAGGAAUCGAAAGCCUCAUUAUAUUUGUCGCGACCGCGUUCUGGUUAAACCGUACCGGGCAAACUCAAGGAACGGCGAAAGAUCAUACAUGAAGAAAACGAAGCCCGCGAAUUGUUACGCUUAUCACCAACAUCUUGACCCUUUUAUAGUGCCAAGAGAAUCCUAUUGGUUGCCACUACCGCAAUCGCACUUGAAUUCAAUGGCUUAUUCGCCUUUCGUAUCUUGCAACAUCAAACAAGUUUUGGAAGGUUCGAGGAAACUUAUUAUACAAGGACAAAUUGUUAGACUUUUUGUUUCUUGUUUUCGGUUAUUGUCAAAGUUCAAAUGUGAGUUUUUUACAUUAUUUUCUCUCAUGAUUAGCCAGAUCCAAAUGAAUUUGAAUGGAAGGAUCAUAUUAGAUAUGAAUCUGACGACUCGAACUGUCGACAUGGAAAUGAUGAGGGUGCUGAACAAUCAUGUAACAGUUGUGCUCAUCAGGAGAGAAGCCAAAUCGAACUUCCAGAAAGCCCUUUCGCAUCAGAAUGCGAAUUUUCGACAGUCGUAUAGAGAUUAUAAGGAAAAGCCAAGAUCCGUUCUGCAAUCGAUCGAUCGAUUGAUUGUUCGAUCAAGAGCUUAACUGAUCAUUGUGGGCUCUAUCAGUCUUUGAGAUUAUACUCCAAUGAUCAAAUCAAUUGCACUGCUUCAUAUAUAAAAAAAAAAGAAGAAGAAGAAAGAAAGGAAACAAAUACAAGAACACCUACACUAGUGAUUGUACAUAGAAGAGAAAAUUCUAAUUAGGGGUCAAGAUAUAGGAUGAAGAUUAUUAUGAAUUUAGAAGUGUAAUGGAUUUUGUUUUAGACUCUUGUGGAAGUAAACAUAUGCAAAUUGUUUA